ACAGCACUGUAGAUGUCGUAUCACAGCUGAUACCCUUUUGUUUUUAUUAUUUUUAAAUGGGCAGGACUUCGAAGGAUAAACGAGACAUAUUCUACCGCCUGGCCAAGGAGCAGGGAUGGCGUGCACGAAGUGCUUUCAAACUGCUCCAGGCGGAUGAGACCUUUCAGUUGCUAGAAGGUCUCACCCGAGCCGUGGACCUUUGCGCCGCUCCUGGCAGCUGGUCACAGGUGCUGGCCAAACGCUUGUACGAGCCUCUGCCGCCAGAGGAACGGGAAAAGGUAAAGAUCAUCGCCGUAGACCUGCAGGGAAUGGCUCCGAUCGAAGGAGUCAAACAACUGCGGGCGGACAUCAGCAAGGAGUCGACAGCCGAGGCCAUAAUUGAGUUCUUUGGCGGCGAGAAGGCACAGAUUGUUGUUAGCGAUGGCGCUCCCGAUUCUACUGGAAUGCACGACUUUGACUCGUACGUUCAGGGCGAACUACUUCUCUCCGCCCUCAGCAUAUCCACCUUCAUACUGGAAGAGGGAGGCUCCUUCGUGUCCAAGAUCUACCGGGCAGACAGGACCAGUCGGUUGUACACUCAGCUCAAGCGGUUCUUUAAGAACGUAUGCGUGUUCAAGCCCUCCGCCUCGCGCAACUCCAGCAUUGAAGCCUUCGUGGUGGCCCGAGAGUUUUGUCUGCCCGAUGGCUACAAGCCUUGCAACCUGACGACCGAAUGGCACGAUCAACCCGAGUCGUGGGUGGGCAGAAAGAAGGAGAGCCCGCCCGUGGUUCAAGUUCCCUUUGUUGCCUACAAGGGCGAGUUGGACUCGGAUCGCACAUACGAUUUGGGCGAGAACUAUGUGUAUAAAGAGCCAGUGCAGCAACCCUUGACGGCCGCCUAUCAGGACAUUCUGCAGAAAACGAGCCAAGUGAACAUAAAAUAUGAAGGCAUUCGCGUUAUUCACGAUGAGGAAAUGUUGAAGAAAUGGCUAGAGAAUGAUGAGAAUAAGUCUGAGAAGUUAGGUGCCUGUGUAACGUAAAUAAAAGCUUUAAAAAAUG